CAAGUGAGAACUGAAUGUGAUAAGAUGAUAAAUAUGCAGCUUAAUUUGACAACCACCUGUAGAUUUACAGGAGUAACAUAAUACCACUGAGGACUUAAUUAUUUAUAGCAUGAUUUUUGUAGAGAUGAGACAUUCACUGCACGUAUGUUCCAAUGAACUUUUCUUCUCAAAGCUGGAGGUCAUGGCACAUGUGCAACAGAAACGAAAGCUGGAAAUUUUCUAUCAUCUGGAAAUACCAUCUCCUCAUACAGUAGAUGCUGAUGUAAUCAAACAGUUUGAUACAUUGAUGCAGUAUUCUGAUAUUCUGAUACAGUAUUCUGAUACAUUGAUACAGUACUCUGAUACAUUGUUGCAGUAUUUUCUUACAUUGAAACAGUCAACUUGAAUCAUCAGACUAAGAAUAUCCAAGAUGGCUACUGGGGGCGGAGAGGAAGAUAUUUCUGGCAGUUUUGUGACAUGUCACAUCUGUCUGGAGGAAUAUAAAGACCCCAGGGUUCUGCCAUGUCACCACACAUUUUGUCUCAGAUGUCUGCAGCUCCAUGUCACCAGCAAUGGCAGUCAAGAUGACACGUUUUCAUGUCCUGUUUGCAGACGGAAGACACUCACACCUAAAGAAGGUCUCCAACAACUUCCUCACAAUUUGUUUAUGGCAGAGGUUCAGAGUACCAAGGCAGACUUCAAGUCAUGUGACCUGUGUGGUGAUGACAGCAGCACAUAUCACUGUCAAGAGUGUCACCAGUACAUAUGUGACUGCUGUAAAGAUUUUCAUGACCUCAACGAAGGUCACACACUGAAGGUUGAAAAAGAAGGCUUAAUACCGGAUGCUGCUCUGGAAGAUCAGGACAAUUCUACACCAUUUUCAGAGAAGCUUACUGCAAUUGUUUCACAGUUUAGUCAAUCUUUGUUAAUACUGAAGAAAGAACUGAGAACUAGUGAAGAAGAAAAGAUGAAAUAUAUGUCCCACAGGAAAGAAAUCCACCAGAGAGUCAAACAACAGGCACAUCAAAUUAAGGUUAUUACCGACAAUCGAUGUGAAAAGUUGAUCAAGGAAACUGAUGAUUUUUUGAAAGAAAAGUUGUCACAACUGGCACAAUACACAAAUACUGUCAGCAGUCAACACAGGCUUGCAGAGGAGAUGCACAAAGAAGCCAUCAACCUUCAGCAUAGCAAGAAUGUAGAAUCAGACCAAGUCAAGUUGCUCAGAAAGAAGCUUUCAGAGAUGCAAGACAGCAAUGCUGAUCCUCGUCUUAGAGAUCCCCUUAUAGUCCUUUACCAUGACAGCAGCCUAGAGGACGUCAGGGCAAAGAUGGGGACAACUGAGAGGCAUUACGGUGUGAAAUCUAAUAAAACCAAUGGUGAGCCCCCAGCAAAAACAAAUUGGCUUAUCAUUGAUAAAUGGGGCAGCAAUUGGACCAAAAGGAGAGCAGAGAAAGUAUCUGAGGUUCAGCUGGAGCAUUGUAAAACAUCUACAGAUUGUUCAUACACAAGCAUAGCCCAGUACAGCACUGGAUACAUCUUUGCCCUGGAUUCUGAACAUGACCUGAUAGAGUUAUACGCAACAAAGGGGGAAUUUCUGAAGCAUUUUGACCAAAAAUGGAAUGCAUCAAUUAAAUUCAGUAAAUUAGCUAUAAUGGAUACCAGGCUGUUAGUAUCUUACUCUGAGUCUUCUAUCAUGUUUGUAGCUGAAGUUUCUCUCCCAGAAUUUGGUCACAAAAUAUUAAACUUAUUUGAUACAUUUCAUCCGAGAACUAUUUUGAUUGCUUCAUGUGGAAAUGUUGCAGUUGUGUUGGGGAAAAUACAUGAGAGCAAAAGGGAAAGAAAACGGGAUUACACACAGGGAUCUGGUAGAUGGACAGAUGUAGAUGUAGAAUACAAAUAUUUAGAAAUACAUUUUUUCGAAGGGAACUGUUUUUCCCAUAAGUUUUCUUUACAUCCUGACAAGUUUACAUGGAUGCAAGACAAAGCACCAUCAGAUAUGGCAGUUGACAAGGAGAAGAAUGUGUUCCUACUUUUUCCUGAUCAUCACUGUUUAUUGGGGUUGAACAGCAAAGGGGAAAAGAAAUUCACCUACGGCAAAGUAAACAUUCCAGGCACUGGUGUUGGUCAGUUAACAGAUCCAUCUUGUAUCUGUACUGACAACAAUGGUGACAUCUACAUUGGAGACACAGGGAGGAUUGUGAAGAUCAAAUCUGAUGGUGCAUUUAUUUAUCACAUCACAGGUGUGUGUCAACCAAUGAGUGGCUAUGUAUUCCUGGUGGAUCAUCAGGGACACAUUGUAACAGUUGAAGAUGGUAAAGUGAUCAAAUAUAUAUACUAGAUACUGUGCAACCCUACGGUACUAUAUAUCUGGUCUCACAAUGUCUGACAAUGUUUUCUUUGUGUAUAAAUUGUAUCAACUGGACUGUGUAAUUAUUUUCAUAAGCUUUAACAGAUAAACUGGGUAGCAGAAUUGAUUUAUUCAAGCUGCUCUCUUGUACAUGGUUCCAUGAUGUUAUCUAUUUACACACAUUUUAAUCUGUACAUGUCAUAGAAAUUAUAGUAAUCAAAAAAACUAUUUAGCAAUAGACAACUUUUUUAAGUUGAGUUUUUCUAUGCGCAGAUGAUGUUGUUGAUGAUGGAAUUAAACUUAGAAUCAAAGUAGAUGAGAAAAGUAUAUACUUUUUCAGUUAACUUUGCAUUAUGGGUACAUAGAUUAUGAUGUUAUGUGGAAAUGUUUAAAAAUGAUAAAUAUAUAUAUUAUUGGUAUGUUUAGAAUAUUGUUACACUAUCAUAUUUCAGUAAAAUGUACAAAAUCCUAAAUUAUUGCAACUGUUGUAUGAAAUGUAUAGAAAUUUCUGCAUUCAACUCUUGUACAUGUAAGUUACAGUGGUUUCAGCGUUGAUGUUUUUUAUGUGCAGUGAUAUCUUCAAGACUUAGUUCAAUAUCACAUGUUACUGUUGAAUAUAAUACCUAGGAAUUUGCACCUAAAACUCUUGUACAUGUGUGGCAUUUUAGUGUUUUUAAAGUGCAAACAUCUUCGAGCUGUUUAAGUUAUGUAAAGGUUUGCUUUAAUCAUGCUUAGCAUUAUAUCAAAAAUGUUAAAUAAUACAAUAUUAGCCUUGAGUGUAGGUAAUUUAACGGAGUGUUGUGGUUUGUGUGAAAAAAAAUCCUUUUUUUCUGUAAAGCAAGUAACAGAUCAGUAUCAGAGAUUCAGUAUCAGUAUGUAAGAAAGGAAGUUUCAAUUAAACUGUAAAUGGCAAAGAAAGAUUUUAGCUUUCAAAAUGGAAGCAGAAAUAGCACAGAAAUAACACAGUCAAGAAGAGAGGAUAUUCCAAGAAAUUCUUGAUAUACAGAAACGAGUAAUAAAAG